GAAAUGUUUUGAAAGCGCCAGGGAAGGAGCGCUGCGUCGUUUUGCUGUGCGUAUUUUAGAAUCGAAAAAUGUUUCCCGAACUACGGGAGUGUAUAAAAGCAGCGCAGGAUAAUCUGUACCGGGGUUUCAUUCCGACGGACAAGGCCGGUCUGCAAUGGCUCGACUCCGUCUGUGCCGAUCUGCAUCGAUUGCUGCGAUUCGUCCACAAGCAUCUGAUCUUCGACGGAAAUGGUAAUGCCGGCACGCUCGAAACCUGCUUCCUGUGCAUCUCGCAGAUCGUCAUGUGCAUCCGGUGGCUGGAGAAAACGAUCGCAGUGGAAAUGGAACCGCCCACUGGCAAUUCCCGCUCGCAAGGACUGCCGCAGGCAAGACAGUGCUUUCUGGAUCGAAUCAUUUGGUGCUUGGAGCGGUUAAAGACCGUACUCGAGUCGGACGACGCGCCAGAAAGUGUAACGGAUUCCAACUUUGUCAGCUACCUUGACCUGGCGCUGAGUCUGAUCGCUCCCCUGACGGUGGCAAGUGACGAGGGGUGCGGCGAGGAUGAGUACGCAACCCGGUACAACGAGGUGAUUGUAGAGAGUGGCCGAAUUCGGUCCGUUGUGGAGGCGCUCAUAUCCCAGACGUUUAGCUUUUGUAACGUGCUGCCCGAGGAGGAUCGGAACCGCGUGACGAGCUUUUGUCAGAAGGUGCUGAAGGAAUGCGUGGCCCUGGAGCGGGAUAGUGAAGGGAAGGAUACGAGCGACAAGAAGCUACGGGUCAGCAUACUGGAAAGUGCCAUCUACCAGCUGGAAACUCACGUAAACGAGUGCCUGUUGCGGCUCGUGUACGAAACGUUCGGGGACACGGAUCGCACACUGUUAGCGCAACUGCGCACCCACAUCGCGGGCGUUAGCUGCGAGGAGCAGAUCGACGAGCUCACCAAACCGUUCGACAGCUUCGUGGAACGUUUGAUGCAGAUCGGGCUGUUUGCCAUAUCGUACGCGGACAGUUUGAAGAUAGCGUCCUCGAUACGGAGCUGUUUAGCGUCGCUGGAAGCGCUCGACUCGUACCUGAUACCAUCGCUGUACCUCGGGGCGGACCGUAACUCUAUGUUGCUCGAACGUCACUGGCUCGAAGAGUCGGCCAAUCUUUGCCGGCUGGUGCACAAGAUUAUCGACACGAAUGCAUUUGCUCUAUCUUUGUUGGAAAUGCUGGACAGUGCGUUGGAUGCGUGGCAGCAUAGCUUUAACCUGCCCCAAGCCCUGGAACUGGCGCGAAAAGCGGACGUAUUUUUGCAGCAUCUCGAGCUGAACGCAUCCGAAAUAAAGCUACACGAGGAGCGGUUUAGCAUCCAUUUCGCGGACUACCGUACGAUGGUGCUGGAAUGUCGUGCGAUCGUACAGCGCGCGGAAGGGCCCGAUGCGAGCAUUGACGCUUCGCGCAUCAUCAAGCGGUUUCGCGUGUUGCAGGGGAAAUUGCGCAAAGUUCAAUCGGCCAUCAGCACACACACGAAGGAAACGCGUAUGGCUCCCGCCGAGGAGGGUGCGUCAUCCCCUGGUGAGGAGAACGGCACCUCGCCCGAGCGGCACACGAUCGAGGCAAACGUGCGCGAGCUUUUUUCGGCCAGCCAAGCACGGCUGUCCUCCACCAACAUUCUGUAUCGAAGCCGACGCGGUGAACCGGGCAAGCGACGGUUGGAGGCUGCAUCGCUGCUGGAAAUUAACACAUUCACCGACAUUAUCGCUCACCGAGCGCGGGAUCGAGCCGUUACGACACCCGAAAAGGGUUCGGUUCGGCGGAAACCCUUAAGAAGAAACAGUCUCCGGGUGGCAAUGUUCAAAAAGCAACAGCGCGAUCAAACGGCGGAAAUGUAUGAGAGUAUUAAAAGUGACAUUGAUCUACAGAUUACCGAAAUUCUCGACGAGUUAACGGAUUUGUCGCACACCUUCUCAACGCACCCCACGGGUAAGUCAAUGUCCACCGACCUACAGCAUCCGCUAGCGGCGCCAGUACGCAAAUCUAUCACCAACGAGGAGAUAGCGAUCGUCGAUGAUAAUAAAAUAAGAAUCAAUAUAUACACCGAUAUAUAGGGAUAAGGAAAAGCCACACAAUCCUAUACGAUGCGAAGUCGUAUGGAAUCGAUGAGCAAUAGGGGCAUAGGGUUUGAUUAAUUUCGACAAAAUAUUGAGUAGAUCCAGUUUAAACGGUUCCUGCAGUGAAUCAUCUAAACCUUCUUAUUCGUCGGUUGAACGCACCAUUAAGGCAGGUUAAAGUGAGAAAAACUAUCUGAUAAUCGAAAACUUGAUAAUAUUUAAAUGUCUAAAAAAAUAUGAUCUUUAGGAUAAGAUCCUUCUGCCGUUGAGUAAGAAAUCUCAUUUAAUCCUUCUUUAGCUUAAACCUAGAUUUUUACCUACAAUCUCGUUUUUUUGGGAGUUAUAUUUUUAGCAGGAGGAGGAAUUUUUAAACAAGUUUCCCCAGUGUGACCAUUAUGCUUCGUAUUUCCGUUUCUCACACAGCCAUGUAACACUGGUCACAACAACCAACACAUUUUAAUUAAAAAAACGAUUUUAUUUUAUUAAUUUUCUACACGAUUUUAAGUUUAAAAAAGUCUCAUCUUACGAAAUCGACCUUACGUCUAAGGAAUGUCGCAAUUAAAAGAAAUUGUCGUAUAAAGUAUUUUAUAUAUAACCUAUAAAGUCACACACUUUCCACCAGGCAGAUCGUAGCCUGGGAGAAAUAAUGCACCGCGGCUUUUACCACACACUAACGUUGAGCGAAAUGUUUCUGUGGUGUGAAAUCUGUACAUUUGAGUAUAGUUUAAUUAUGUUUUAAAAAUGCAUUUCCGAAAUCUAACCAUUCUCGCCUCAGUCUGUUCUGUACGUUUCCUU